CGCCCUCCUCCUCCACAGCCUCGCGGACACAUCCAGCCGCUCACACCGACCUGCCGCGCGAGGAAGCCCCGUCUUCAGCGUCCGAGCCCCGGCCUUCGCACCAGCCGCACCCGCCCGGGCGUCUCGUUCCGGGCUUUGUUUGUUUGUGUGUUUGUUUGUUUGUGUUUUUCCGCCGUUGUGAGCUUUGUUCUCCAGUUGCCCUUGAAGACUAAUGGAGAAAAUGGCCAGACCGCUUCCAAUUAACACAACUUUCCUACCGCCGACCCACGGCGUCCUCAAAUCCCUGCUGGAAAACCCGCUGAAGCUGCCGUUCCACCACGAUGAAGGAUUCAGUAAAGACAAGGAGAAGGAGAAGAAGUUGGAGGAUGAGAGCAGCGCCGCCAGCCACCCUCAGUCGGCGUUCUUGGGUCCCACCCUCUGGGACAAAACGCUGCCCUACGAUGGCGACAACUUCCAGCUGGAGUACAUGGACCUGGAGGAGUUCCUGUCAGAGAACGGCAUCCCCGCCAACACGGCCCAGAGCGACCAGAACCCGCAGGCUGUCGCCGCCCAGCCCCCCCAGGCCCCGCCCCCAGCCCCGCCCACGCCCUCCGUGGUGGACCUGAGCAGCCGGGCCACCACCUCGGUGCACACGACCAUGGCGCCGCAGACCUGCCUGCACAGCCCCGGGUCCACAGCACUGCCGUCGUCCCGGGACACCCCCAGCCCCAUCGACCCAGAGUCCAUCCAGGUCCCGGUGACCUACGACCCCGACCCGGCCGACCUGGCGCUGUCCAGCGUCCCCGGGCAGGAGAUGUUCGACCCCCGCAAACGCAAGUUCUCAGCAGAAGAACUGAAACCACAGCCCAUGAUCAAGAAGGCACGCAAGGUGUUCAUCCCAGAGGACCUGAAGGAUGAUAAGUACUGGGCCCGGCGCAGAAAGAACAACGUGGCGGCGAAGCGUUCCCGUGACGCGCGGCGGCUGAAGGAGAACCAGAUCGCCAUCCGGGCCGGCUUCCUGGAGAAGGAGAACGCCGCCCUGCGCAUGGAGGUGGCCGACCUGCGGAAGGAGCUGGGCCGCUGCAAGAACAUUGUGGCCAAAUAUGAGGCCCGGCACGGACCUCUGUGAACCCCGCCCCUCCCUCGUCACUCAGAAACCCCGCCCCAUCACCCAUAAGCCCCGCCCCCACACCCCUGGACCCGCCUCCCUAUGAGUUUGAAGGACAAUGUGUCUCUUUUGGUGGCACUGCCCCCCCUCCCUCCCUCCCUCCCUGAUUCUGGUAUUAUAGCUGUUCUAUCAUAAGCUUCGACCCCCCCCCCCCACCCCCCCACCCCCACAUUGUUCUAUUAAAUAUAUAUACAUAUACAUAGAUGAAUAUAUAUAUAUUUACACAUGCUGACUUCCCACUUCCUGUACUGUGAGGAGUAAUGAGCCAACCCACCAGCUGAAGCCCCGCCCCCUUCCACUUUCAACCCCCCCCCCCCCCCCCCCCCCCUACCCAAGCCCCGCCCACGCCGUGCUGUUAUGUUCACUUUCAUACCGAUUUUAUACGUGAGAUCAGGACUGAAAACUGUUCCUCUUCUGUCUUAAUAAUCAUGUGACGUGUUGGAGAGCCCGCUAAACCCCGCCCCCUCGCCCCACCCACCUUCAUUCUUUCACGCUUUUGGUCUGUUUCACCAGCCCACCCCCCCACCCCCUCCCAAUUUUUUGUCUUUUUUUUUUUUUUUUUUUUCCUAGAUGGCACUUAACACAGCACUUAAACCAACCUCUUUUUUCUUUUUUUCUCCUCGUUUUUUUCGGCAAAAAUACACAAAAACCAGCGUUUGGCGUUUUUUCCACGAACCCGGACUCUGAGCAAUAAUGAUGCUAAUAAUUCCUGUCCACAGCUAAAUCGACUACCUACACGCUCCUCCCUCCGCUUACCCAUAAUCCUCUUAGUUCACCUCCAUUAACUAAGACGACGUUAGUUAACCUCUGCACUAAUGCGUGUCUCACAAUCUGAUCCGGUGAAAUGUUUCCACUCAAAUUUCCUCCGCUUCAUAUUUAUCUACCUUUUAUUUCUCAGAUGGAAGAUUGUUGUUUUUAUAUAUAAAUAUAUAUAAAUAUAUAUAUUCUGUUGAUAUAAUUGUUAGUAUUAAUACUACUCUUGACAUUGUUGUUGUUUUAGCCUCCUUCGUUUUCCGAUUUAAGCAUGAUUUCUUUCACAAAAAGCUACUCGCAGAUUAUUAUUAUUAUUUGUGUCGGGUUUUUUGUUUCGUUUUUCUUUUUUUUUUUUUUUUCUUGGGCGAAAGUUGUCAAUAUUUCUUUCCCGCUUCUGUUCCGAAUUAGCAUGAUUUUUAAUACGAGUGUUUUCAUUUUUAGGAAAUCGAUAGUCUUUCUUCGUUCUUUCUCUUUUCACUUCGUAGCUCUACGUUCGCCUUGUUUUUACGAAGACAGGCUGUUUGAAUGUAAAAGAUGUCGAUGUUAAAAAAAAAAAAAAAAAAAAAAAAAAGAAGAAGACUAAUAAUAAUACUAAGUUGGAUGGUGUUGUCCGAUACUGUGGUUAAAGCCGAUAUCAGUUUGUUUACUGCAGACCAAACGAUUCACAGCAGAGAUAUGAUAUAUUGGUUACAAGAGAUAUGUUUAUAUGAACCUAUACGUUGUUGUUUUUGUACAGUAUUUUUCCUACACAUUAACUGAACUAUGUAUUUUAAAGAAAAGGCACAAAAGAUCCAGAAUUAUAUUAAAGAACACACGUAUAUAAACUCAACACAAAUGCUUAUAGUGGUAUUUUGAUAUUGUCUUAUUCAGUAGGACGUGGUAGUUUUACAUCGGAACCUUCCUGGGCAUUAUUCAGAUCCACCGUUAUUAUCAUUAUCGUCACACUCCUGCACCUUCAGGGUUUAGCUUUAGUCGAAAAACAGCGAAAAACAAAAGCGUCCGAAUGUAAAAGCGGGAACUGGUUUCUUCAUUUUUUUUUUUUUUUUUAACUUCCCGAGUCAUUUUUUCCAGCUUUUUUUUUUUCAGCUUCUAGAUAUUUUUUGUUUGUUUGUGGGACGGCGUUACUAUGAAGGACGAGGAAUCGGUGGCUGGUUACUGCGCUGCGCAUGAUUGGUUCCUCGGCCGAUGCAGUCGUAGCUCCUCCCUCAACCUGAGUGAUGGACACUGGGAAGCUUUUUCUGAUCCUCCUGUUUUAAAGGCUUUCAGUGGAGUCCCCCCCCCCCCCCCCCUUUAAAAUGAUAGCGCUGCUUUUAGAGAAGUCGUCGAAGCUCGGAUACGACCGAUUUAUGAAUAUGUAUGGAAGCCUGUGAUGGCCAAAAUUAAACAACAAAACCAUAUUUAAAAAAAAAAAAAGAUGUGUUAACUUCUGUUGCAUGAAAGUGACAUUAAAGAUGCAAAUACUUAGGGGAAAAAAAUUUAAACUAGGAUGCAACAUAAAAAGAUGAGUACGGAAGCCUGUGACGGCCAAAAUCGUGGAAAAUAUUUAGUGUGACUUGAAUUUACUUGUUCACACUUCAUCGCAUAUGAUGAGAAGUUCAGAAAUCAUUCAUAUUGCCAAGAUGAAAUAUGUAAAAGAACAAAAGUGUUGGGGAAAAAAAAAGAUGCAAAGAAGUAUAAAAAACCUUCGUUAACUUUUGUUGCAUCAAACUGAUUUUAUAGAUGUAGUUGAACUAGGAUGAAUCAUAAAGUUCCAAAAGUUUUAGUUUGGAAGUCAUUGGUGGCCAAAAUUGUUUACAAAA